GUAAUGGUUGGAUGAAGAUGGCAGCCGGCAAACGGAGGUGUUGGGAGUAAGCGAAAUGGCUCACAGAACUAGACUAGUGUAUAGCCAUCAUUACUAGACUUGAAAUGCAGAGCUAUAUGAAUUUCUGAUAAUUAUUAUAUUUUGACAUUUUGUCGAAGAGGGCUGCAUAAUGGUUCUCGUGUACGAGUUCGUGUGGCGGGUUCUGCAUGUCCUUCUCCACAUUCAUAGAACGCUUAUCACUUUGUUCCGAAUCCGCCUUCGCAAUUGGAAUGGGCAGCUAUGGUCACGAGCCUUAGCAACGCUUCUUGUGCCGAUAGCUCUCUCGUUUCCCAAACAGAAAAAGCUCGUUCCUGCACCCGGUAAACGCGUUGGUCGUCGGUAUCGCUGGGGGGCGGAUGGGAAAUCUCUGGAGAAGCUGCCUGACCAUAUAGGCUUGUUGAUAGCGGAAGAGGAGCCGAGAUACACAGACAUUGCCAACCUUGUCGUGUGGUGCAUGGCAGUCGGCAUAUCUUAUAUCAGUGUGUACGAUAAUCACGGUGUGUUCAGGAGGAACAACUCCAGGCUGAUGGAGGAGAUCCUGAAGCAGCAGCAGGAGCUCCUGGGUCUGGAAGGCUCCAAGCAGCACUCUGUAGAGUUCCUCAACAAUGGCACUGACAAACAGGACAAUCAAGUGCUGUCGUGUCAGGCAGUGGUGAAGGUGCUGUCUCCAGACGAUGGGAAGCUGAGGAUCGUCCAGGCAGCACAGCAGCUGUGUAGCGCUGUGGAACAGAUGGAGAAGACAUCCAAAGACAUCAACGUCACUGUGCUUGACUCUCUACUCAGAGAGUCGAAGAGUACACCAGAUCCUGACCUGGUUCUGAAGUUUGGCCCAAUAGAAAGCACCCUGGGGUUCCUGCCCUGGCACAUCAGACUGACAGAGUUCAUCUCCUUACCCUCCCAUGUUGAUGUCUCCUAUGAGGACUUAUUCAGUGCCCUUCAGCACUAUGCCUCCUGUGAGCAGCGGCUGGGGAAGUGAGUGAUUGGCCAGGCCCCCUUCAGAGGAAGGGGAACGACAUGGGUGGGGUAGGAGCUGCCCUAGCCCCUCCUCCUCCCGGGUCUCUGUUUACAGUGCAGGCGCUAGAGAACAAGCAGACAGCGUACCGCCACAUCGAAUCGCAUCUCCACCACCACUCACUCACUGUUUUUCUGCUCAUCUGGAACGCGCAAGGCUCGCCAGGCCACCUCUGUGAGGCAUGCUGGGUAGUACGGGCCCUGCCAAGGUAGCGUCACGCACUGAACAUCUACCCCCGCAUCAGUCGGAUUAACGAGGAACCAACAUCACCUGAAGGACAUGGUUAGCAGUAUAGUAUAAAUCUAGUUUAGCUUCGCAUCGCUCUUCUCUCUCUCUCUCUCUGUUUUUUCUAGAUCUUGCACCUGCUGUGCCCCUGAGGUAUGCCCUCCUUGGGGGUUUGAAUGGAAAUGAACUUUAUGUAAGUGUGCUUCAAGUGUAGCGCUUGAUCAAUGUGGUACGAGAGGUUUUGGAACGAGAGCUCUGUAAUCCGUGACUAUACUCUGCACAUGGUGUGAAGGAUGACUGACUACAUGGUUGUACUUUUAAGUCUUUAUUCCAAGUUACUAUUGGACUGUGUCUGCUUGUGUACGUGUGUGAAGCUCAGCCAGCAAGUCACACUUAACCUACACUAAGUCCAAUCUUUGCAAUCCAGUGGGAAGAAAGAGAAAGCAGUUGUCUGUAUACAAUGUCCCCCAUGACCAUCACUACUCUUUCUAUUGCUCCGUCCAUAACGUGAAAAUGAUUGCAUAUUGAACGGCCCCGUAAGAAUCCUCAGUGCUGCCUUCGGUUGUUCAUCCAUGUGAAGAUUGACUAACUAUUGUAUUAAAGUGUUGUUCUGUUAUUUCCUUAUCUCAUUAACUCUUUUAAAACCCAGAUUCAGUAUUUUCUUUCUCUUUGGUUAGAUGGCAUACAGUAGUAUUUUCACCAUCAUGCUAACUUUUAAUACCAAUGGUACUAAAACUCCCAAUCCUUCACUAGCUAAUGUGCCAGUGGUUGGGUUGUCAUUGGAAGGUUUGGUGGGUUGCUCCACAUGGAGCCUGUCGGUUUAAAUGAUCAAUAAAUGUUACUGAAAACCCCA